GCUUCAGGCCUUGGCUAGCGAAAGCUGAAAACCGCAACCCUCUAUCUUUUAUUCCUUUUGAGUUAUUCAAAAAAUAACCAGGGGCACUGCUUUUUGAAAACGAUAGUAACUUAGAAAUGUCUGAUCAAAACUGAAUAGAUAUUCUGAAAGUCCUAAUAUCAGGCUAUAAUUUCGUACAGCGCACUUUUCUAGAAAAUGCUCGUUUCCAGAGAACAAAGAGAAGUUCGUAGAGCACUUGAAAAAAAUUCCAUUCUUUGUAAUUUCAUAACGGGCUUGACUUAAACUCUACUUGGUAAUAGAACCUCAAGGAUUGCAUCGAUGAUAAAAGUUUCAGUCCUGUGAGUUGGGCUACCGUUUAAAAUAUACGACGUAGAAGUCAAAAUUAUCUAAUUCUCUAACUUUCGACCAAGCAGUGGUACUUCUCAGUCCACAAAGACCUCGCCAUCGAGUUGAUAGAGAAAGUUCAAAAAAACUCUACCGAGUUGUUCACAUUUUUAAAUCUUGUUUUCAAAAAUUUAGGUGCCUAUUAUUAUGAACAACAUAUAUCGAUAGCAGCAGGUUAUGUCUGGCGAAAAUCAGAAUGUUUCAGUUUCGCAUGUUUAAGUGACGAAACAAACCACAUGAGCGAGUCUACUUGGACGGCCAUUCGACAAUUACUGAUUAGUCUUAUUCAAAAUAAAAAAAAUAAAAUAAAACAAUUAAAUAUUAUUAGUGAUUCACCAUCCAGUCAGUAUCGUAAUAAGACCACGAUAUAUUUUCUGAAACGUUACUCAAUGUCUGAGAAUUUAGUUAUGCGUUGGAUAUUUCUUGAAAGUGGCCAUGGAAAGGGGGUGGCUGAUGCGAUCGGCGCUUCGGUGAAACGAAUGUUCGAUGAUAUUAUACGUUUUCAUCCAGAUGAAACAUAUAAAAAUGCUGGUGAACUGAUGCGUAAUGUACAAAAUUCUACAAGUAUUCGAUUUUAUUUGUAUGCUAAAGAAGAUAUUGAUGCUAUUCGACAACAAAUACCAUUAUUAACAAGUAUAAGAGGAACAUCACUCUUCCACGAAAUUAUAGCUCAUCCAGAUGGAAAAAUAUUUGCUAAAUCGAAAUCGGACGAUGAAGAAAAAUUAAUAAAAACCAAUUUUUGA